AUGAUCCCCUAUAUACUCGCCACCCCGGGCUCUGCGCUCUGCGCCUCUAUGCCCUUUACCCUGUACGCCUACGCCCGGUGCACCUACGCCUACACUCACCCCUGCGUCCACGCCUACACAUAUGCCUAUGCCCCGUACGCCUACGCUCACGCCUAUACCUUCGCCCUCUGCUCCUACGCCUACGCCUGCUCUUUAUACUCUCUAUACCACGGGCCUCUACCUAUACGCAUACGCUCUCUAUAUCUAUAUAUAUACGAUCUCCGUACCUAUACGCCUAUGCCUACGCCUGUGCCCUCGCCACCCUCACUACUAUUACCCUCACCACCCGUACGCUAUCACCCUGACCACGCUAUCACCCUGACCACGCUUGGGCUCUCUAUACUACCGGGCUCUAUACUCCGUACGCCUACGCUCUCUGUACCUACGCCCUCUGCACCCACGCCUACAUCCACGCCUACAUCCACGCCUACAUCCACGCCUACAUCCACGCCUAUCUAUAUACCUAUGCCCCGUACGCCUACGCCUACGCUAUCUACACUCACGCCUGUGCUAACGCCUGUACCUACGCCGGUGCUCUCGCCAUAUGUACGCCUAUACUCUCUAACCCGAUAUGCCUGGUACGCUACCACCCUUACCACUCCCUAUACUAUUACCCUUACUACGCUACACACUAUCACCCUAACCACGCUUGGGCCCUCUAUACUACUGGGCCCUAUACCCCUAAACACCCUACACUCUCGAUACCUAUAUGGGAUGAUCUUGAUAUUCUGUUACGUCUUUGUGCACAAAAACCUAUCUUUCUAA